AAAAUUUAAUACAUAAUACACAAUAAUAAUAAAAUUUUAACGCAUAUUCACCCAAGGUGAUUGAAGUAUAAAACAGGAAUCAAAAUUUGUAACAAGCUUGUAAUUACAAACACUUUAGCAGCCGGAGUUCCAGCUUCUACUUCUAAAAGACAAACUGCAGUUACAACUAGAAAAAAAGGUGUACCAAAAAUGGAAUUGACUACUGAACAAAAAAAUGAUAUAAAAGAAGCAUUUGAUUUAUUUGAUCCAGAUGGCACUGGAAGAAUAGCUACCAAAGAACUUAAAGUGGCCAUUAGAGCUCUUGGAUUUGAACCAAAAAAAGAGGAGAUAAAAAAGCUUAUUGCUGAUGUUGAUCCAGAUGGUCUUGGUACAUUAUCAUUUGAAGAAUUUCUAAAUUUAAUGUCUACAAAAAUGUUAGAAAAAGAUACAAAAGAAGAAGUUUUAAAAGCAUUUCGUCUCUUUGAUGAUGAUAAUACAGGAAAAAUAUCUUUUAAGAAUUUAAAAAGAGUUGCACGAGAAUUAGGAGAAACUCUUACAGAUGAAGAACUGCAAGAAAUGAUUGAUGAAGCAGAUAAAGAUGGUGAUGGAGAAGUUUCUCAAGAAGAAUUUUUACGUAUUAUGAAAAAAACUAGUUUGUAUUAACAUUUCAUUAUUUAUUCUUACAUUAUUCUAUAAAGAUUACUUUUGUGUGCAAGUUGUUUGUGCGAUUCAUAUAAAAACUACUACUAUUAAUUAUUAGUAUUGUUUACCGUUAAAACUCAAUUUUAUUUUAUAU